UAGGAACAGGAUGGUUCCAAGGGAACGGAGCCACUAUGGUUUUAGUCAGCAUGGAUUGAACAGACCUCAACUACACGGUACGGUUGAGAAAAUGGAGGUUGAUCCAACUACGCAAACCCGCAGAACCUCUUACGCGAGUAAGCAGCAACAGGGGAAUGCACGAUUAAAGCGAAAAAGUAGCUCUGAGAACUAUCCGAGGAAACAGAUACGGCUAGCGAGGGGAAUUCAGAGACGAUAACUGCAAGCGAAGGAGGCUCUACCGCCGCUACAGUGCAUAGCGCUGAGUUAGAUGCCUCCGACCUUAUUCCACAUGUUGAGGUUCCGCUGAAUGUCUUUAGGAAUCAGAUUGUAUUUAGGAUCGGUAGCGACUUACAUAGUUCUGAAACACCACAUCCGGGUUACAAUCGUCAUUACAUUACAACGAAUGAUUUGGAUAAGGAACGCUUGACGGAUUUUUUUGAAGAAAUAUCUUAACCCGACAGUUAUUAAUGGUAUUAAGAUACCUGAGUCCUACAUUCAACUAUUACAGGAACUGUAUGUGGCAAAUUUUUCCAUGUAUAAAGUCCGAAUCACACAAAGGAUUGUCGAGGACGUGGCAAACGAUGAAAGGAAGCUGUCAAUUAUCGCGAAUGAACAUCGAAGGGCUCAUCGGAACCCCCGAGAGAAUACGCAACAGAUUUUGGAACGCUUCUAUUUCCCUAGGAUGGCGGCACUUGUUAGGAUGCACUCUGCAAGUUGCGAUACAUGUAAGUUGCAGAAAUACGAUAGGCAUCCCUGUAGGCCGAAGUUCCAACCAACGCCUAUUCCUUCUUAUCCCUGUGAAAUCCUACAUGUCGAUAUUUUCGAGCUGGAGAAGGAAAAAUUCAUAAGUUGCUUGGAUAAAUUCUCAAAAUUUGCAAAGCUGUUCCAUAUUAGGAACAGAUCCGCGAUACACCUCCGUGAGAAAAUGGCAAAAGUUGUUCACUUUUUUUCUACCCCGAGAAUGUUGGUUACAGAUAAUGAGAGGGGUUUCAUUAGCCCAACCGUGGCAGACUUCAUUGCAUCCGUGGGUAUUGAACUAUAUAGGACACCGACACAGAGAAGUGAGGUGAAUGGACAGGUGGAGAGACUGCACUCCACCCUGUUGGAAAUGUAUCGAUGCCUCAGGAGGGAAUACCCUCAGUUACGGGUGAAGGAACUGCUCUAUAUAACAGUGGACCGCUACAACAAUUCUGUUCACUCAAUGACUAGGUUGAAACCAGUCGACAUUUUUUUGAACCGGACUUCAAGGAUCAACUACCAGAAUUUGACAAAUUUCAGGGACAAGGUUUUCGAUGACGUCAGGAAUCGGAUAAUGAAGGGUCAGGAGAUGACAAACGCCAGACUGAACAGGAAUAGGACUGACCCAAAGGGCUAUGAGGAAGGGAAAGUUGUCUUCAUUGCCGAUAGACAGAUCAAGGGGAAACAUAGGAAGCGGUAUAAGAAGGAGGUUGUAUCCCAUGAAGGAAGAGUAACCUUGACUACUGAAACGGGUAAAAAAUUUCACAAAUGUCAUGUUAAGAAUGUUUAGAAAUGAUGGAAUGUUAAAGAAUCCAUGGUAAGAGGGCUAUUAAAAUGUUGAGAGGAAGAACAAAUUUAACAUCUGGAUGAGAAUGAGAAGUAUAUACAUUGUAAUCAUUAUUUUAGUUUAGCCUUAGUAGCGACAACGUGUGGCGCCCAGAUUUAUCAAUAUGAUGCGCCCCUUAUAUCUGUGAAGGAUGGAACGGGUCGCAUUACCAACGGUCACUUCAAGCUUGUCCACAUGAUAGACCUAGACCGAUACAGGGAGCUCGUCAAGGAAAUAGCAGCUACAGUCAAAUCAACAAUGCGAGACCCACAGAGAGCCCAGACAGUUGAUUUUCGCCUACAUCAGGUCAGUAAUCGCCUAAGUAGUCUUGGCGGAAAAUCUACCAGGGUACUGCGCUCCAUUCACUGGAUUGGAUCAGCUUGGAAAUGGGUGGCUGGAUCACCAGACGCAGCCGAUUGGAAUAGAAUUCUCAGUAGCGAGAACGAGAUCAUCGAGAACAACAACCACCAAUACAAGAUUAACGGAAAACUUUUUUCUAAAAUGGAGGCGGUACUGCUGAAGGUCAAUCGUAUUAUCGACGAAUUUAAAAACCACAUCGACCCUGCCAACACGGAUCGACUAGAAUUGGGUCUACUGGACCAAAUCUCCAUAAUUAGUGAGGAAGUCGGCGAAAUCGUUAGAGCCUGUCAACUGGCCAAGAGCAGGAUAAUUAAUACGAAUAUAGUUGACAGGGAGGAAAUCAAUAGGAUCCUUGCUGAGAUGGAGACACUCCCCUACGAGAAUGAGAUAGAAGCUAUCGAACACGGUACUCCCUCGAUUUAUGUGAACGGGUCUAUGCUUCUUUAUAUUGUGUCUAUGCCGAAGUUAGGAAGGAGGGACUAUAACCUACUGCACACAAGAGCUUCGAUCCUCGAUGGCAAGAGGAUUGACAUCGAAUAUAAAAAGAUGCUGGUUAAUCAGGAUGAGGCUUGUGGAAUAACGGGAAGCUGUUCCUCCACCAACAACUUUACCGUUUGUGAAAUGUCCGACUUGGAGGGACUAGAGGACGACGAUUGUGUUCCAAAAUUAUUGAAAUGCCGAUACCGUACGGGUAACCAGACCAUUUUGGAGCUUGUGAAGGAAGGCACGAUAUUCGUCACAAACUACGUGGGAGAAUUGCGAUCCGAUGGCACAACGAGACAGUUGAACGGAACCUACGUGAUCCUGUUUUAUAACAAGACAAUCGAACUUGAUGACAAAAUAUUCUCUAACGUUCUAGCGAGCCGACUUCAGGUGCUUCCACCGGUCCUAUCUAAGGUGAUAAGUCAGGGCAACAGGGUCGACAUCGAUUACCUUCAUGAACUAAGCAUUACAAACAUCAAGCGACUCAAACAACUCACACAAGGGGUUCAAGCCGGCGGAAUUCUCAGUUUUUUCAUUUUGGUGCUUCUCAUAAUGGCAAUUGGUUACCUUUGGAAAAAGGUCAAUGGUAGAGUGACCUUACCAGAUGUCGGACCUAGGACACUGGGAACAGAUCCUCCCAACAUUUGUUAACAUCUACGGGACGUAGAUUUUUGAGGGGGGAAGAGUUAACACGGCCACUCUCCCUGCAGCGCGUGUAGAUUUGCUGACAUUGCACACGCGCUGCAUUUGUGCAAUCGCCCAACUAUUCUUUGGCUGCGCGUGUACUUUUGGUUGCGCGAGUUACAGAAACAACAUCAACAACAACAACAUUAACACAAGCACCUACAAAGCCACCAAGGUUAAAUCAAGCAAAUAAAUAAUAAAAAUUAUUAAGAAUUGCUAAUAAGUCAAUAACCGUAUGAAUUGC